AUGGUUGGACAUCGGUCUUUAAUUGACCGUGAGUACAAGCGAUACGUGCUGGCAGGUGACAAGUCGUUGGUAUAUUUACGCCAUCCUAGUGGUGUAGUUGUGGUGACGUUAAAUAAAGAACAUGAAGCAAAUCAGAAAAAAAUUGUUAAGUUCGAGUGGAGAAUAAAGAAGAAUAAAGGAGUGGAUCGAAGCAAGCAAAAGGUUUCUGGGAAGGCUAAGAAAGGAGGUUUGGCUCUUUUGCCAGAGACGAAGUUAUGCGUUCUAAAAUGUGACGAUGGAAGCGAAUAUCCAUUACGUGCUGGCGUCAAAGCAAUUUUAGUUGAAGUAAAUGAUCGUUUGAUCGACAAUGCUGAAUUGGUGCAUACGGCACCCGAAAACCAAGGUUAUAUUGCAAUAAUAAUGCCUUACAGCAGUGAGAGACGUAAGGCGCCAGCAGCUUUUACUGAACAUGUAACGGAUUAG